AUGACAAAAGCUGUUUGGCUUUUACAAUUUUCUAAAACCUCUCUACUGCUUUAUUCUGAGUACAAUUCUACUUUUUCAGGUGAAAAACGUGGGACUCUCAACUGGAAACAAAGGUUUAACAUAAUUGUUGGCAUGGCAAGGGGUCUUGCCUAUCUACACAAAGAGUUCCAUGUAUGUAUCAUACAUCGAGACAUAAAAUCUAGUAAUAUACUAUUGGAUGGUGAUUUCCAGCCAAAAAUUGCGGAUUUUGGGCUUGCAAGAUUUCGGCCAGGGGAUCAGAGUCAUUUAACCACUGGAUUUGCUGGAACCCUGGGUUACACAUCACCUGAGUAUGCGCUUCAUGGGCAGCUGUCCGAGAAGGUCGACACUUACAGUUAUGGUGUGGUUGUCCUUGAAAUCAUAAGUGGUCGAAAGAGCAAUGACUUUCAGCUUGAGCCUGCAACUCAAUACCUCCUUGAAAGGGCAUGGAGGCUGUACGAGGAUGACAAAUUGAUGGAUUUGGUGGAUGAAAGCUUAAGCCCUGAAGAAUAUGAUGCAAAUGAGGUAAAGAGAAUUAUAGAGAUAGCUCUUCAAUGCGCCCAGUCCUCAGUUGCAUCAAGACCUGCAAUGUCGGAAGUUGUUGUCAUGAUGAUAAGCAAGGAACAAGCAGAGGUCAGGCCAACCAGACCUACAUUCAUUGAUGCUACUAGUAGGGUUCGUGGAGAUACAUCCACUUCUACCGGUUCAUCUGCAUCAAAUGCCACAGCUUCAACCAACCCAGUGUCAGGUCGUUGAAAUGCAAGCCCAAGUUUGGA